CAUCAGUCACGACCGUGACCCUGGUUGUAAGCAUCAGAAAAAGAGGCCAUGGGGAUAUUAGGAGGCUAUAAAAGCCUUCUAGCGCUAUGUGUAGGAUUAAUAAUCCUAGAAUGCACGACGUCGCAAAUGAAUCGAGACUGGCCAAAAAUCGGUGACAGAAUAACACAACCAUUUCUUGAUCCUACUGGUGGUGGCCUAAACGGUCCUCCGGGUCCACCAGGUCCUUCUGGUUCCCAAGGAGAGGCUGGGCCGUCAGGUAUUGCUGGACCACCCGGUCCUCCAGGACAUGUGGGUGAAGAUGGUGCUCCUGGCGCUCCUGGUGCCCCCGGACCUCCAGGUUCAGCUGGUGMUCCCGGUCUUCCUGGUGAGAAGGGAGAUAUUGGUGAGACUGGUGCAACCGCUGCAGUUGUUCUACCCAGAGAUCCAGAUCUUUCUGGUCCACUGUUAUYGAGUUCCAUCUGUAAAAACACUUGUGACAAUACCAACAAAACACAGUAAACUUGAAAAACA